GGUUACUCAGUUUGUUGGUCAUGGUAUAAACACCAUCAGGGAGAGAAACUUUAAGACAGAAGCAACAUGGUUCAAGAUGCUGUUCUUUACAAACAACAGGAAAACACAGACCAAGAAUCUUCAGAAGGAACCUGGGCAGCCAUGGAACCAAGAAUAAGAGACAGGCACAAACCUGGGGGGAAAUGGAAAUCCUCUUUCCUGCUGCUGGCGCUCUCUUACCUGCUGAUCACCAUACUGUUUGCAGUUGUGCUGUCCAAUGGAACAAGACUUUCUUCAGAGGUGAACAGGUUGCAUGAACAGGUUUCGGUCAAUGAAAUAUUAUUCCCAUGUGGAUCCAGAAACAGGGAGUGGGAUUACUUCCAUUUCAAGUGUUACUUCUUCUCCACCCAGAAAGUCCUUUGGCACAUGGCUAGGAUCCAUUGUGAGGGAAAGAAUUCAACCCUGGUGGUUGUCAACGAUGAGGCUGAACAGAAUUUCCUCCUGUCCCACACCAAGGGUGAACGCUACUGGAUUGGACUCCAUGAUUUGAAAGAUGAAGGGCAAUGGCAAUGGGUUGAUGGCACCAAUUACAGGACCAACUUCAAGAAAUGGAAGAUAGGACAGCCCUCUGACUAUGAAAGAAAUGAAGACUGUGCUGAGAUCAGUGUUAUUGGGGAAUGGAAUGAUGAGAACUGUGAGAGACAGAACUUCUAUGUAUGCGAGAGACCUUUACCUUCCUGAAGAACCAAGAGAUGAAAGAGAGAAACAUACUGUUCCGUGGGUGUCCUGAUAUAAAGGGCAGUCCUCUAAGGAUGGGUCCUGCCUCUCAAUUCCAUAUCCUUCUUCAAUCCACUUUUUCCAGAGUGGCUAGGAUGACACAUAGCUGGAAUGAAGAUAUUAUUAAAAUUAAUCAUGAUAACUGCAACAGAAGUCAUCUGAGCUUAAAGUGAUUCUGUUUCUAAACAGUGUAUUGGAAUAAUGAGAGUGUGUGAUGGUUUGGGCAAGUCACACUUUCUCAGCCUCAGAAGUGAGCACAGGCACCUCCCUUCAAAACAAAUUCUGCCAAGAAAACUCUGUGACCUUUGGGUAGUCAUAAAUUAGAAAUAACUUGAAGGAACACAACAGCAACACAUGCUACGAUUGAAUACUGAUAAUUCAGUGUCCUCUACCAUACGUGAUGUAGAGGAAUGUAGCCCAAGACCCUUUCUACACUGCCCUAUAUCCCAGGAUCUGAUCCCAGGUUAUUUACUUUGAACUGGAUUAUAUGAGUCUUCACUGCAAUAUAAUCUGGGAUAAAGAGAUACUCUAGGAUCAGAUCCUGGAAUAUAAGGACAGUGUGGAAGAGGCCUAAGGGCUUUUCCACACAGGUAUAUAAUCCGGAAUAUCAAGGCAGAUAAUCUACAAUAUCUGCUUUGAACUGCAUUAUCUGAGUCCAUACCUCCGUGGGAUCUUAAUUGCAGUGGAAUCUAAUUGCAAGAGAAGGGAUUCCACCCGAACAUUAGGAAAAACCUUUUCACUGUAAGAACUGUGGAAUAGAUGGGGGAACUCUCCUCUGGAAGUGUUUAAUUAGAAGUUAAAACGACAUAUU